AUGCAACCAUUAUUCAAACAAAGAAAACCAGCUAAUCUCAUCAUCUAAUCCUGUGAUGAAGAUAAAUUAAUCUAACAAUAAGUAAACUAUUUAUCUAUAAUACAGAUUCCAGAAUUAGACACAUUUGAAGAAUUUUGUAGCAACAUUCCAGAUGUUGAAAAUUAAGAACUUAAUUUUACUAAAGAAUCAAAAUCUUUUAGUUCUUAACCUCUCAAUUUACAUGAGUCUUAAGAAUUUUAAACUAAUCAAAAAUAUACUGAUUAAAAAUAAGAUGAAAUUUAAGAAUCACUUCCUAUACAAUAUAUUGAAUUCGUUGAAUUUAAUCCAUAGAGUAUCAAUUCUGCUUAAUCUGAAUCUAAUUGUUAAAGAAUUGAUUCUUAAUAAAGUCCUAAAGAUAUUAUGUAAGAACCUCCAGCACCUCAAAAUAAGAACUUAACUAAAUUUAGCUUUCCUUAAAAAGGUGGUUGCUUCAGUAGUUGUAUUAAAUUCAUUAUUAUUAUUCUUUAGUAAAGAAAUAACUUUGUGUUGAUUAACCUAUAAUUAUUCAUAAUGGUAAUUAGAGUACUUUUGAAGAAACACUUGUUAAGUAAAAUAAUACAUUAAAUAUUCCUAAAACUUUAUAAGAAGAUUUAACUAAAUAAAUUAAAGAAUUAACAGAUUAAAAAAAUGCUAUUGAAUCCUCUUAUUAAAAUUAAAUUUUACAACUCUAAAAUCAAAAUCAAAAAUUUGAACAAGAAAUAAUUCAAUAAAAAUAAAAGAAUUUAACAUUAAUAUAAGAAAAUAUUUUAUUGCAAUAAAAAAUUGAAAUUUUUGAACAAAAAAAAAGUGCUGUUUUAAAUAAUAUAACUGAUUUUUCUAAUGAUUUAAUACCUCCAAAAUUGUCCAUGAAUGAUAAAUUGGUUUAUUUGAUCCAAAAAUUGAAUAUGAAAGCCUAAGAAAAUGCAAAACUUCAAUAUGAAAUUUUAAAAUUGCAAAAUAACGUAUGUAUCUAUGACAUCUAUUCAAUUAAUAGAUUGAAAUCUUAGAAACUUCAAAGUUUUUGUAAAUCAAUACAAAUUUACUAUUGGAUACUCAUAAAUUAUAGUAAAAUCAUUCUCCCUUGCUCUAACCACAAUCUUAAAACAGAGGGCAAUCUCUUAGUAAGGAUAGCAGAACAAGUUUAUUAAAUUCAUAAAAAUAUCCUCUCAAUCUAUCUCUUAAUUAUGUUUAAUAGGGAGAUCGAAGACAAGAUAUCUUUAUUAAUAAAAAGAAUAGAAUUAUAUCACCUCUAGCUCAUUAUAGUUCAGUAGGAGAAUAAUAAUAACUUUAGUUAAAUAAUCUUUAAAAGAAUAAAUUAUACAAAGAAGAUGUUAAUUAUAAUAAUAAAAUGCAGUAAAAAUUCAUUAAAUUAAUUAGUACUAAAAAUAGUACUUCUGUUGGAGAAUUAAUAUCAUUUAAAUAGGAUUUAACCAAUUGUUCAAAUAUUAUCAAUAAAGCUUUAAGAAAAGAAUCUUAUUCCACAUAAUCUCCAGAUGCCAAAGUUACAUAAAAAUUCAAAUAAACUUUAAAUGCUAAAAUAGGAACUUAAUAAGAGAAUUCAAAAUCUUAUGCUAGUCUCUUAUUUUCUCUUGGAGAGAGACAAAAGGAUGUUAGAUAAUUAUCUCCAAAAGGAGGUAAUAAGAAAUCAAAAUAGUAAAUUAUUCAUAACUAUUAUAGAUUAUUUGGUUUUAUCAUGCAACCACACCCAAAUUCAAGAAAAUAAUCAGAAAUUUUAAAAUCAGAGGAAUCUCAUAAAUUGAGUUAAGAAUAACUUAAAAUAUCAGAUAAGUAUUCAUAGAUUUUAAAAUAGAAAAAAUACAUUAUAAACUAGUAUUGAUAUCUUUUAAAUUAUGAAGGAAAUGAGAAAUAAGAAAAUUGGAAGUAUUUAUUUAAUAAUUAAAAUAGUCUCCAGUAAAUUAAGUUAAAAAAAAGGGUAGGCUACAACAAGUAGAUAAUUGAUAACUGAAAUAAAAAGUAGCAGAACCAAUAAACCAAGCUUUGAUUGA